AGAGCUCUGGUGGUUCGUAUGGCGGGUCUUCGAAUUUCAGGUCUCCGCCGCCGAGAAAUUACGAGUAUGAGUACGGAGGAGAGCGAGAUCGCGAUUAUGAAAAUGGAGGAGGGAUGAGGAGGUCGAGGUCGUACGGCGAUAUGAAUGACUCGGUGAGUCGAAACGGGCGAGAUGAAAAGAGAAUUGUGAGCGUGACCCCAUUGAGGGAUAUGAAGCCGGAGCGAAUUUUCGUGAAAAUGGGUCAUUUGCAGAGGCUGUUGGAUCGGUUCUUGGCGACCCGGCCCACCGGGUUGGCUAAGAACAGUCGGUUGGUUCUGGUGGCGGUUUACCCGGUGGUGAAGGAGAGCUUUCAGCUGUAUGCUGACGUUUGUGAGGUGUUGGCGGUUUUGCUUGAUAAGUUUUUUGAUAUGGAGUAUCCGGAUUGCGUUAAGGCUUUUGAUGCUUAUGCAAGUACGGCUAAGCAGAUUGAUGAGCUGGUUGGGUUCUAUGGUUGGUGUAAGGAUUUGGGUUUGGCGCGGUCGUCGGAGUAUCCGGAGGUGCAAAGGAUUGGGAGCAAGUUGCUGGAGACAUUGGAGGAGUUUGUGAGGGACAGGUCCAAGGGAACCAAGAGUCCAGAGAGGAAGGUGGAGCCUGCUCCUGUGGCUCCAGUUGAGGAGGAGCUCCAACCCAAUAUGAAUGAGAUUAAGGCUCUGCCCGCGCCGGAGAGUUUCACUCCACCACCGCCACCUGAGGCUGUGGUGAAGGCGGAGGUGAAGCAGGAAGUGGUAGGGGAUUUGGUGGAUUUGAGGGAUAAUGGGGUUUCAGCCGAUGCACAGGGUAAUCAGUUGGCUUUGGCCCUGUUUGCCGGUCCUGGUGGUGGUGGAAGUGCUAAUGGAUCCUGGGAAGCUUUCCCAUCAGACGGGCAGCCCCAAGUCACCUCGGCUUGGCAGACUCCAGCUGCAGAACCCGGGAAGGCGGAUUGGGAACUGGCGUUGGUGGAAACAGCAAGUAAUUUAUCUAGGCAGAAGCAAAAUCUUGGUGGUGGGAUGGAUCCAUUGUUGUUGGACGGCAUGUAUGAUCAGGGCAUUGUGAGGCAGCAUGUGAGUGCUGCCCAAUUGACUGGUGGUAGUGCCAGUAGUGUAGCAUUGCCUGGGCCGGGCAAGAGCGCAACGCAGGUGUUAGCUCUUCCCGCCCCAGACGGGACAGUCCAGGCGGUGAAUGAGGACCCAUUCGCUGCAUCAUUAACCGUUCCGCCACCAUCCUAUGUGCAAAUGGCAGAUCUGGAGAAGAAGCAGCAUUUGCUUAUGCAGGAGCAGCAACUGUGGAAUCAGUAUGCCAAGGAAGGAAUGCAGGGGCAAGGCAGCUUACAGAAAAUCAGCGGGACCGGAUACUACGGAGCAGCUCCUAUGGCAAUGCAACCCUACGGAAUGCCUCCGGUGAAUGGAAUGGGGAUGCCCCCACCGGCCGGGUACUACUACGCUCCUUACUGAAUUUUGUGAUCCUCAUUUGCCUGCCUAUAAAAUGACUCCUCUUUGUUAAUUCCGUAUGCUAUUUUCUAGCUUUCUUUAAUAUCUUGCUUGAAUGUACUAAACCUGUUGUGCAUUGAUGGUGGGGGAAGAGUGGGACUGAAAUUAUGAGAUCAUUUGUUGGCGGGGACUUUGAAUGCUCGGAUAUACAUAAAAUCGAUUUGUGAUCUUUUUUUUGUUUUGUAAUAUUAGAUUUUCUGGACUUUUUUUAGUUUAUUUUAUUUUAUUUAUUUUUUUACCA